AUGGUGAGUGGGGAGAAAAACACCAAUAAAUGUGACAAAGGGUCGUCGCAAGAAGAUAAGAUAAGCGAGUUACCAGAUCAUUUGAUAAGUGAAAUACUCAUUCAUCUUUCUACCAAAGAUGCUGUCAAAACACGAGUUCUGUCCACAAAAUGGAGACGAUGUCUUCGGGAAUGGAUACCUGAAUUAGACUUAGACUCGACAGCAUUCUCGGAUUUCAAAGCAUUUGAGCGUUUCGCUGAGACGUUCUUUGAUCCCCACAAGGAGUCAUGGACACGCAAACUUAAUUUACUACUUCAUAAUGCUGCUUAUGAUUGGAACCCUUAUCUUACCCGAUGGAUUAAUGUUGUGACAAAGCGUAGGAUUCAACAUCUCGAAGUUUAUGCUUAUCCCUGUAUAUAUCAAUAUCAUACCCUUAAGCAUAUUUACUUGCAAGACACUGGUACACUUACGACUCACUUGGUUCACCUUGUCGAUCCCGAGUGUGUUUCUUUACCUUGCCUGAAGAUUAUGAGUUUAGAAUAUGUUACAUAUCACAAUGAGGCUAGUUUGGAGAAGCUUCUCUCAGGCUCUCCACUUCUUGAAGAUUUGAAGAUCAUCAGAGAUCGUCAUGAUAGUGAAAUGGUUUUAAAUGUGCGUUCUCAGAUGCUAAAGAGACUCCACAUUGAUCAUUGUAUUCAAGCUGUGAUUGAUGCUCCUCUACUACAAUGUUUAAGGACUAAGGUUAACAAGACAAAGAACUUUAAGAUCAUCAACCAAGAUUUCUCUGGUAAAGUAGAUCUUCAUGUCGUAUUUGACUUAUCCGUGAGAGGAUUGAUUCGUGACAUCCUCACUGAUAUUUCGAGGGUCGAGGAUCUAGUUAUUCGCACGGAUAUUUGGACGACCGUCUUUCAAUACUCGAAAUCGGAACCGUUGAUUCAGUUUCCUUACCUGACUCGUUUGAGUGCAAAAUUUUACUGGUCCAAUCUGCAAACGUUAUCGACCUUUCUUGAGAGCUGCCCAAAACUAGAAUCCCUCAUCUUGGAUUUUUUGAUGUGGGACAGAGAAACAAUCUUGACGUUUUCAACAGUGCCUCAGUGUUUGGUAUUAUCGCUCAAGUUCGUGGAACUGAGUCUUUCCAGGUGUGUGUAUGAAUCGGAAAUGGAAGCAGAUCCAUCUCUCUCUCGCGAAUCAGCUAUGUCAGAAAGAGCUAUAGUCUCUAUCGAUUCAAUCGGCACCGAUUACAACAUGACUGCAACAGCAGCAACAACAACGACACAGAGACGAUCUUCAUCUUCUCCGUACAAUCCAAUGGCGAUUCUCUGGGACAUCGAGAACACCCCCGUCCCCAGCGACGUGCGUCCCGAAGACGUAGCCGGCAACAUACGCAUGGCGAUACAGCUACACCCCGUCGUCACCGGCGCCUCCGUGGUGAACUUCUCCGCGUUCGGAGACUUCAACGCCUUCCCUCGCCGCGUCAGAGAAGGUCUUCAGAGAACAGGCGUGAAGCUCGUCGAUGUGCCAAACGGUAGAAAAGACGCGGCCGAUAAAGCUAUUCUGCUCGACAUGUUCCUGUUCGCGCUCGAUCAUCCUCCUCCUUCGACUAUCGUUCUGAUUACCGGCGACGUCGAUUUCGCUCCGGCGCUUCACGUUCUCGGCCAGCGAGGUUACAAUGUGGUUCUGAUUAUACCUUCCGGUGUGUAUGUGAAUCCGGCUCUGAUUAACGCCGGUAAGUUUGUUUGGGAUUGGCAUAGUAUUGUUCACGGUGAAGGCUUCGUCCCGUUGCCGAGACCUCCUCUGCCUCCUCCGCGUCCGUAUCUAAUGAAUUGCGGUUUCAAUAGUAGUAGUAAUCUUGAUGCGAUGAAUGAAGAUGAAACCAUUCUUUAUCGAGGCGUAUCGCAGCAAUCACAGAGCUGUUAUGGUAACACGAGAGAAUCGUCUUCUUUGAUGGUUUCGUCGCAGUUUCAGAACGAGUAUAGUGGUGGUGUGAUGUCAUGUUGGCCGUCGAAUGCAGGAGAGAGCUCGGCUUAUCCUCCUCCGGGGCAUCUGGAGUCGACAAUGUGGGUGGCGCCGGGAGAUUUCAACGGUUUGAAAGGACAGUUAGUGAAGCUUUUGGAGCUUUCAGGUGGAUGUAUGCCUCUGACGAGAGUUACUUCCGAGUACCAAAGGAAUUUCAGUAAGCCGUUGUUUGUGACGGACUACGGUUCGUGUAAGCUUGUUGAUCUUUUCAAGAAGAUGAGUGAUGUGAUUGAAGUGGUUGGUAAAGGGAACAAGAGGUUUGUUUAUCUGCGGAGCUCGAAGCCGAAUCUUGCUUCUCCUUCUCCUCCUCCUCCUGUGGUUUUGCUGAGAAGAGAAGAUAAAGGGAAAGCUGUUACCAACGGAGGAGGAAGAGUCUCCUCUGAUGAAUUGUCUGACACGGGGUCUGGGUCGGGGUCGGGGUCGGUUCGGAGCGAGAGGAGCUUGGAAGAGUUCAAGCUCGAGCUGCAAGAGAUUAUGGUGAGCUAUGGUUGUCGUGUACAGAUGGGUUAUUUCGAGGCGAUAUACAAGCAAAGGUACAAGAGGCCAUUGGAUUACAAGAAGAUGGGUGUGGAUCAGUUGGAGCAGCUCUUUGAUAAGUUCAGAGAUGUUGUUGCUGUAUAUGAUGAUCCUGCUACAGGAACCACACUCAUUGACGCACUUUAG